GUUUUAGUGUAAGUGUUCAAUCUGGAUCACCGCAGAAGGAGUAGAGGGAAGAGAGAGGAGAUCUCCAGAGCAAAACUCCUCCUGUCCAAAAACAACAUGUUCUCCAAAUUCACCUCCAUCCUACAGCACGCUGUCGAGGCGCUUGCGCCGUCACUGCCAUUGCAAGAGGACUUUGUCUAUCAUUGGAAGGCCAUCACACAUUAUUACAUAGAAACCUCAGAUGACAAAGCCCCAGUGACAGACACCAACAUUCCCUCCCAUCUGGAGCAGAUGCUGGAUAUUCUGACCCAGGAGGAGAGGGAGAGAGAGUCAGGAGAGACGGGACCCUGUAUGGAGUAUCUUCUCCAUCACAAGAUCCUGGAGACGCUCUACACCCUGGGCAAAGCAGAUUGCCCUCCUGGAAUGAAACAGCAGGUUCUGAGUUUCUACACCAAGCUGUUGGGUCGAAUUCGCCAACCACUCCUGCCUCACAUCAACGUGCACAGACCUGUACAGAAACUGGUCCGCCUGUGUGGCGAGGUUCUGGCUGCUCCUACAGAGAAUGAAGAGAUCCAGUUUCUGUGUACUGUCUGUGCCAAACUUAAGCAGGACCCUUACCUCGUCAACUUCUUCCUUGAAAAUAAGAAUAAAAAGUUGGAUGCUGCUAAAGACGGUGGAGCUGAUUUGGUGAAAGAGGAUCCAUCUUCUCCAGAUACGGGACAGCACCAAAACCAAAAUCCCAGUCUGGUCACAUCUGCACUGAAAGAAACAGCAGCCUGUCGAGCCAUCAGCCCAGGGGAAGCUAGUCCAUCCUCCGUCCACACUACACUGCCAAACAAUGACAACUACAACCUAGUCAGCUCACUUCUUAACCUCACUAAGAGUCCAGAUGGGCGUAUUGUGGUGAAGGCAUGCGAGGGUCUGAUGCUGAUAGUCAGUUUGCCUGAACCAGCUGCAGCCAAAUGCCUCACAGAGAACACCGAACUCAGUCAACUUCUCACGGACCGGCUGGCACAGUUCUACCGGGCCCUUCCCCAGUCCAUGGACCCUCUUGACAUUGAAACUGUGGAGUCUGUAAACUGGGGGUUGGAUGUGUAUAAUCUAAAAGAAGAUGCUGCAGCUUUUGCAGGCAAACGUGCACUUAUUUCUUUCCUAUCUUGGCUGGACUAUUGUGAUCAGCUCAUCAAAGAGGCACAGAAGACGGCUGCUGCAGUUCUGGCCCAGGCCGUGAGAGAGCGGUUCUUUGUUGCCGUAAUGGAGCCUCAGCUAAUGCAAACGUCAGAGGUUGGCAUUCUGACUUCAACAGCCCUGUUAAACAGGAUCAUCAGGCAGGUGACAUCAGAAGCCCUGCUUCAGGAGACCGUUUACUUCCUGUUGGGAGAGGAAACGGGACCAGAGACACCUGCCGGCAUUACCCAGCAUCCCCUGAGACACAGACUCAUAGAACAUUGUGACCACUUGUCAGAUGAGAUAAGUAUCAUGACCCUGCGGCUCUUUGAGCACCUGCUGCAGAAACCAUGUCAGCACAUUCUGCAGAACCUAGUGCUGCGCUGCUUGGAAGAUCGCAACUACACAGAAAACAAACAGCCAGAGGAACGAGAGGAGCGUGAACACAUGGAGAACGGCCAACCGCAUGACGCCGUAGAUCUUGAAGAAGACCCGUUGUUCUCAGAUCUUUCCCCUGAUAACAGACUCUCCAGCCCCGAUUGGUUAAGCUGCUCUCCACCACCAAGCACAGAACACACAAAGCCUGAUGGGAAGACUGAGGUUCACAAAAUAGUUAACAGUUUCCUGUGUUUGGUGCCUGAUGAGGCAAAAUCAUCCUAUCAGGUUGAGGGCACAGGCUAUGACACCUACUUGAGAGAUGCACACAGACAGUUUCGUGACUAUUGUGGAGUUUGUCAGAGGUGGGACUGGCGUAGCAGUCCAAAACCCUUUGAGAAGUGUAAUCUGGACAGUCCUUUUUUUGAGGGACACUUCCUCAAAGUCCUGUUUGACAGAAUGGGGCGAAUCCUCGAUCAGCCGUAUGAUGUUAACCUGCAGGUGACGUCUGUGUUGUCAAAGCUGUCUCUGCUGCCUCAUGCUCAUCUUCACGAGUACCUGCUGGAUCCUUACAUUAACCUGGCACCGGGCUGCAGGUCUCUCUUCUCAGUCAUCGUCAGGGUGGUUGGCGAUCUGAUGUUGAGAACUCACCGUAUUCCUGAUUUCACCCCUAAACUCCUGUUGGUGAGGAAGAGACUUCUGGGACUAGAGCCAGAGGGGAUGAGCGUUGAUCACGUGACUUUGCUCGAGGGGGUGAUUGUUCUGGAGGAGUUCUGCAAAGAGCUCGCGGCUAUCGCGUUUGUUAAGUUCCAUGCGUCCGCCUCCACUUCCCCCUGAUCCUCUCGCCACUGUGCACAGGACACAAACAGAUGAAUAAACAGACGAAAGGGGGUGGAUGUCACAGGAACUACAAACCCUACUGCACUCAUCCCUCAGCGCAGACUGCUGCCUGCGGCAGGACUCGCAUUCAAGGAUGUUUAAUUCGCGUUAUCUCUGGGAUGUUUCCAUAAAUCUGACUGAGCGUACUGUUCUAAAGGCACCGGAGAGGAGAACUUCGUAAUGAGAAUUGUGACUCUUGUGGAACUGCCCAUCUGGAGAGGAUUUUGUAGCAUUGACAUGUAGAGAAAAAACUAUAAAACUAAAAAACUUAAUGCCAAAAAUUUGGGUUCAAACGUACAAAAACAAAUCGACUUAAAUUCGAUGACAGUAAUGAAAACAUACAAUAAGUAAAAAAGAAAAAAGCUGAAUGUGCUAAAUUAAAUAUUUAAUUAUUAAUUAUUGUUUGUCAUUUUGCAGUAUCAAAAAUACUGUCAAUUGUUGUUCUUUGUUCUUCUGAGAAAAAUAGUGCUGAUACAAAUAUCAAAUGCAACACAGAAGUUAAUUUGUAAUGAAAAAUUACUCCGGAUUCAAAGUCUUAUCUGUUUUUAAAUAAUUGGAGAACCAAAAAACGAGUAACAUUUUAAGUGAAUCCUCUCAUAUUUUUUUUUUCUUGUUGCGUUUACCAACUCUUUUCUUUUAAGUGAACAGGAGGCAAUGCGGUCUGGAUUGAUUUGAGAUUGGGCACAUUUGCACUCAAACCGGUUUCCACUGGUGCAUCCCCAGAGAGCUUCAUCCUUCAUGUUCCUGACAGUGUUCCUAAAUCAUUUUAGUUGUUAAACUUGACGUGUUAGGUGUGUGCCUUGGUCUCAGCUAGACAGUAGCUGUGUCCUUCAUCCUGUAUCAUCACGUAUUUAUUAUAGAUUUAAAAAAUAAUUGUAAAGGUAUAGUUCACCUAACAUAACAAUGAUAAUGUAUUUGUCCUUACGUUGUUGAAACCCAAGAGUUUCUAUGAAACAACAUGCAAUGGAUGUGACAUGAAUAGUGAUAGACACAAAAAGUACCCUAGCAAUGGUUCAUUUAAUUUGUGCGCUUUAUGCCAAGUUGUCUAAAGCAGUUGUGAUAGGUUUGUGUGAACUAAUAGGGGAAAUUUCAUAAGUUAAGAUUUUCAGUGAAUGAGUUAUAUUUCAGUCUUUUUCUCACACAGAGCUAUUGUACAAUUAGGAAGACUUGGAAUAUAGUGCAUGAGUAAUAUAAAUCAUUUUUAUGAUACUUUUAUUUUGCUUUUUUAAAGCUUGGUAGCAAAAAAUCACUAUGAGUGAAUGGAAAUGUAAGAAAGAAAAUGGUUUGGAACAACAUUAGGGUGAGUAAAUUAUGACAAAAUGUUAAUUCUUAGGUGAACUAUUCCUUUUAAAGCUCAGAAACGAUCAGCUGGUUUAGAGUUUAGCUGCUUCCAUAUGAGGGAUCUUUAACAUUGUAUGUUUGCAUUAUGUGGCAGUGUGGUAUUAUACCAGCAAUAGUGUUAUUCAUCAGGCUGCUCUCUUCAUCUGCUCCUGCUCUUUGUAAAGGACAUGCUGUGCUAAAUGCACACCGUGUACAUUUGGCAAAGAAGAGGCACAGCUUGAAAUAGGGUUGGGUUUUUUAUUUUCAUUUUUGAACGGCUGGUUUCCAGGGCCUUCUCACAAUGCCUUGGCAUCUUGGCUUUAUUUAACAAUCUUUACAGGGUUUAGAUUUAUGUAUCGCAAUUAUUACUUUGCAUUUUUCCAUCCAUAAUAUAUGUGUAUAUUUAAAGCUGCAUUGUGUGAAGAUUUGCAUUUAUUUUCAAAAAUUGCACACUAGUAUAUGUUUAUGCAUUUUACAAGUCUGUCUUUUUAAUUAUAUUUUCUUUAAAACCAAAGGAUGUAUCAUCAUAGGAGCAACGUGACUGCUUCAGAGAGAGAAAAAUAAUGCAUCUUUUUUUUUUUUUUUUUAAUUCUUGAUCAUGCACAUUUUAUACCGAGUUCAGAACUGUGUAUAUACAAAUGUACAGUUAUAACAGUAGUGAUGUCUGGUGUGAAAUGCAUGCGAGGUCAUAUCUGUUAAUAUGCAGCAGAGGAAAGCAUAUUCCUUCUCUAUCUGACCUUCCAUUGUUUUUGUUUUUUGUCUUUUUUUGCCUAUUUAUGGGGAUAUUUGUGAUGCCUUAUUUUAAAUGCAGCAAUUGGUUAUAGCCUAUAACCCCUGCGAUCUUGGUUUUGAGUUAUACAUCUAAGAAAAAUUGGUCUUUAUUUUACUGUCCAUUUUAUUUUUUAAAAAAAGGUUGUAAAGCAAUGUAUUCCAUUGGUUAAAAUGAUUCUGAGCUUUCUGCUGUAAACUUAUUUUUGUUUUCUCUGAAUAUGUAAUUCAUCUACUUUGACCCAAUCACUGUUCUGCUUGACUGAUUUAUUCCCAUCACUUGUACAGAUGUAGCUCACUCGUUUGUCAGAUGUGUCAGGAGGGAUCUUCUGUUGAAUUUGAACGCCACUGCCAUGGUGUCACAAUGUGACACUUUUUAGAAGAACAAAGUUAACCGGUUACCAUAUUAGGGAUGAAAUGUCAUGUGAUCUCAGUUGCUUGAUUCUGCUGGGCCUGUAAAUCUCUCUAAAGAGAUUUGCUGUGUCCUGUGGCUUACUUUAAUUCGUUUCACUCCGUCCUAAUUAAAACAUUUGCUUUCUUCAAAUUU